AUGGCGCACAGCUGUCGGUGGCGGUUCCCUGCUCGACCCGGAGGGAGCAGCAACUCGGGCGCCGGGAGAAAAGCGGGCCGGGUCCGGGUCACGGCUUCACUCCGGAGCGGCUCGGGGCCGGAUCGGAACACGGACGGUCUGGGACCGGGCUUCGACGCGGCGCUACGAGUGUCCGAUGCGAUCGGCAGCAACCUGCAGAAAUUUCGGGAUGUUUUGGGCGAGUCGAGCGGCUCCAGCAGCGGGGAGGAAGAUGCAUUCGGAGGCUUUGGUACGGUCACUGAAAAUGGAAGAAUACAGAGUCCAGAAAGGACCUCGACAGCUACUUCGUCACAGGAAAAGAAACCAAGAGGUCGUCCCCCAAAAGGUUCAACUCCACAGAAAUCGGCUCCAGGUGUUGAACCCCAACCCUCAUCUGUCGUCACAGGUCCACCCACAGAGAAGACUAAACGGCCACCAGGAAGACCCCCUGGUUCUGGAGAAAAAAGAAGAGGCCGCCCGCCUGCGUCCGCCAGCCAUAGAAGCUCGCUACAAAUUGGCCAGGUCUUGCCUAGUGACAGUAUGGAUGCUGGACAGGAACACAGCUCAAGUCCAGCACGUCACCAGGACGCGCUGGAAGACAGCAGGGACAAAAAGGCCGCAAAGAGAACUUUUAUCAGUUCCGUGCAGCAAGAAACUGUGACCAAAUUCCACAAAUUGAACCGCGGUUCCAAGUUAACCAAACUGAAGCGACUGCAGGAUGUAAAGCUGAAGCCCCUGAAGUCCGGCCUCUUAAAAAGUGUCCCAGUCCCCGUCGUGCCAAGGAGGAGGCGUGGCAGACCUCCUUCCGCUGAGCGCCGCAAAGCCGAGACUGUUGGCGCAACCUUGGCCUCGGAGUCGACCCUCACGGAGGCUGGCACUGCCAAACAAAAGGCCUUAAAGGAGCGAGAUCUGGAGACUCGGACUACACAGCAUUCCAAGCUCAGGGCCUCUCAUCCUGCUGAUGAACGCACUAGCCCAGAUCCUCAGGGCUCCCUGUUAACGGUCGAUCCAAUCACACCUUCGAAAAUCGGAAGGCCCUUAAAUCUACGUCAAAGCCCGCGCCACAUCAAGCUGAGCAUCGCUCCACCUUCCAAACGCACUGAUACCACUAUAGCAAAGCAGUUACUCCAGCGGGCUAAGAAGGGGGCACAGAAAAAGAAGCUAUUAGAGAAGGAGGCCGGGGGAGGCCAGGGAUCAGCAGAUACGGAUGCUGGUGUAAGGAGGAACAGAAGGACACCGUUAAAAAACAUUCGUCAGUUCAUCAUGCCCGUCGUGAGUACAGUAUCCCUGCGAAUUAUUAAGACUCCGAAGCGAUUUAUCGAAGAUGAACCCAACUUCGGCGCCCCACCCCCUAACACAAAAAUCGCACGUUUUGAAUCUGCUGUGCCAGCGUCAGCCUCCCAGCCCUCAACAACAUCAUCUACCCUUGUUUCCACUGCUCCGACUACAACUGCAACGGCUACCGUUCCUGUAACAGGUCCCAUCGUCGAUACAUUUACUUCUCCUCCACCCCCUGCCCCCACUGGUAGUGCCACCGUUGUUGCAGGAGCGAAUCUUCUCAGUAACAACAGCUGCAACAACAGCAACGGUCGCUUCAGUAGCAGCGCGGCGUCCUGCGGCUCCAGCGCGGUGUCCCAACAUUCCUCCCAGCUGUCCUCGGGCGAAUCCUCCCGGUCCAGCAGCCCCAGUCUAGACGACUCCUCGUGCGACUCGCAGAUCUCAGAUGGCACCCAGGAGCUCUCGGAGGAGCCUGAUCAUUCCCCUUCUUCUCACGGAGAGAGGGAGGCCAGUCUGCAUCAUUCCCCACGUCCACUGUCCCCACCAUCUGAACCCGAGACGGAGCACAUGGAGUUGUUGGAGCCAAACAGACGGGGACGAAGAGGUCACGGCCUUAGGAGAGGCAAUCUUGUGUCACGUGGUCGAAGUAAUCUGAUCAGCAAUAGGAAAAGGGCCAUUAUUAGUCCUGCUACAGGUGUUCUCAUGUCUCCUUCUCAAGCAGGGUCCCACCAUGCCUCUUCUACUGCUUCAUCUUCUUCCUCUCCUCCGCCACCCCCUCUUUUGACUCCACCUCAGCCUCCACAGUUAGCAUCCUCCAAUGUACCCGCCAUCAGUGAACAUCAUUCCCACUCUGCAUGGAUCAUGCCUCAUCCCUUUUUACCGUCACCUCCGAUACUCCCCGGUUCUCAUGACAAACGUCGUGCCAUUCUGCGAGAGCCCACGUUUCGAUGGACAUCUUCGUCUCGCACGGAGCAGCAAUAUUUUUCCUCUGCGAAGUAUGCAAAAGCGGGCCUUAUUCGCAAGCCCAUCUUUGAUAACUUCCGCCCUCCACCACUUACGCCCGAGGAUGUCGGACUGAUGCCUCCUGGACCUGGUGGAGGUGGCGUCGCACCAGGGGGUUUCCCUGCUCCGGGUGGCGUACCUGGGGUAGGCACUAGGUUGUUUUCCCCCUUGCAUCAUCAUCAUCAUCAUCAACAACCCUCAUCUCGUUUCGAGUCACCGCUCCAGAAACGCAGCCCACUCUUGCGUGCCCCUCGAUUUACUCCAAGCGCCGCUCACUCCCGCAUAUACGAGGUGGUUACUCUUCCAUCUUCCUCAGGGAGCAGCCCAGGCUCUCAGUCUCCUCUCCAGGCUACGUCACCGUCAAACAGAGCACUGUCACGAAGAAAGAGGAGAACGUUCGGGCAUUCGCGUGGACAACCCAGAUCACCCUCGCACUCCAUGACCACCAGGAGCAGUCAGUUAGGAACUCAGGCCGGGAAAAGCUCCUCCGACAUUUCCGCACUGACCAGCUCAGUUCCCACAAGUGUGACUGGUAACUCCAGCCCUUUACCUGGGGUCGCAGUCAGUCCAAUCGCCUCAAGUGCCUUAACUCAAGCCCCUUUUAAUAGCUUCUCAUCCGGCCCCCUUGGUCCCAUCAAUCACGGGGCCUCCGAUGCUCGAAGAGUGGAUGGGUGCCUCGGUGGAUGUGGGAGUUUAGCCUCUUCCUCAUCACAGCUCUUCCCUCGUUCUGCUUCCAGUCCCCAAGGUACAAGUGGAGGUGCUGUAAAAGUAGGCAGAGAGCGCACUGUCUCUUCGCGUGAACUCCUCAAAGAGAAAGAAAGAGAGACGGAGCGAAAUAGGGAAGGUAAAAGAGAAGCAAAAAAAGAUUGGGAAAGAAGAGGAAGGAGUCUUACUGCAGAAGGUGGCAGCUUUUUCGCUCUGGAUGGCAGGGAUGUUGAAGAAUCGUCAACCCAGAAAAAGAUAGCUGGACAGAAGAAAUCUGUUUCUAUCGACCCCAGUGCCAGCGUAGAGGCCUCUGCGGUCGAGACGAGCGUGGUACAACUGUCAUCCAAGGGACGUCUGUCGAAAAAGGGCAGAUUGUCAGAAAAAGGUGCGGAAGUCGAAGGAGCGGAGAAGGUCAAGGAUAAAGAGAGAUCGAGUGCACCCAUCCAACCCAGGCAUUCUGGAAAUUCCCCCACCACAGCAGCCCUUAGGUCUGUGCUUGCUCAUGCUGAAAAACAACCGGCAACAGAUAGGCGUGUAGCAGGCUUGCUGGAACAGGCCAAAGCCCAGCUCUCCAAGAUAGAGAAGAGCAAGUCGGUGAAAUCAGUGGAUCAGCCUAAAGUACAGGAGGGCGAUUCGUCCGAGACGCCGGUCCGUGGUCCACGGAUCAAACACGUGUGCCGCCGUGCCGCAGUAGCAUUGGGCAAUCGCGCUACCUUUCCAGAUGACAUGCCCACACUCAGUGCCUUGCCAUGGAAGGAAAGAAAAGAGAUUCUGUCUUCCAUGGGAAACGAUGAUAAAUCUUCAGUGGCGGGAUCAGAAGAGGCAGAGCCGUCCUCCCCACCCAUUAAGCCGGUCACGAGGCAGAAAACGGUUCAGGAUGCCACACCCAAAAAAGGUCGGCGCUCACGGCGGUGUGGGCAGUGUCCUGGUUGCCAAGUUCCAGAUGACUGCGGGGUUUGCGCCAACUGUCUGGAUAAGCCCAAGUUCGGGGGACGCAACAUUAAAAAACAAUGCUGCAAGGUAAGAAAAUGCCAGAACUUACAGUGGAUGCCAUCGAAGAUGUUUCUUCAGAAGCAAGCAAAAGGCAAAAAAGAUAAGAAGCGGAACAGACAGUCCGAAAAAAAGGAAGCCCAUCACUCGGUCAAACCUGACUGUCCCGAGGUGAGUCUCAAACCAGCCCCGCCUUCCUGCAAAGACGAUGCUCCACUGAAGAAAAGCGACAGUCCACCCCCAGCACAUGAAGAGGAGAAGCAAAAACAGCGACCAGCACUCUCUCCGUCACCCAGCUCAUCCCCCAUAACCGACCCUCUUCCACUUCCAAUCCCGGAUGACCCAAGACCUUCCAUCGCCUCUCCCAGUCCUGCCUCGAGGAAGGAGCGAAAGCAGCAGCAGCAGCAGCAGUCCAGCCCUUUAGCCAGGUCUCCACUCGCCACCUCAUCAAGCCAACCUCUAGCAUCAUCUCACGAGGUCUCUGAAAAAAAGGAAGGAGCGGCAAAGUCACCGUCUACAGAGCCCAAAAAUAAAGUCCAGCAGCAAACCAAGCCGUCGUCUGGAUGUUGUCUGGCAUCAGAAACAAAGCAAAUAAAAAAGCAGGCAGCUCGUUGUGUUUCAUCACCAAAGCCAAAACCAAAGGAGAAGGAGAAACAGAUGGUCACCAAACCUGACCGCAGUACUUUAAACUUCCUGAACACUCCCUCGAUCGGGGGCACUGCCAAGCAGAAAGCGCCCCGCGACGGAGUGCACCGGAUCAGAGUGGAUUUUAAAGAAGACCACGACAUUGAGAAGGUGUGGGAAAUGGGUGGGCUCAGCAUCCUCACCUCUGUGCCAAUUACCCCGCGGGUGGUCUGCUUUCUGUGCGCCAGCAGUGGCGACGUAGAGUUUGUGUUUUGCCAGGUAUGCUGUGAGCCCUUCCAUCUUUUUUGCUUAGGAGAGACGGAACGUCCAUUGAACGAGGAGUGGGAAAACUGGUGUUGCCGACGGUGUCGCUUCUGCCACGCCUGUGGCCGACAGCAUCAAAAAACAAAACAGCUGUUAGAGUGUGACAAGUGCCGAAACAGCUAUCACCCCGAGUGCCUGGCUCCUAAUCAUCCUACCAGACCCACCAAAAAAAGAAUCUGGAUUUGUACCAAGUGCGUCCGCUGUAAGAGCUGUGGGUCCACCAAACCCGGAAAGUCCUGGGAUGCCCAGUGGUCACAUGACUUUUCCUUGUGUCAUGAUUGUGCCAAACUUUUUUCUAAAGGCAACAUCUGCCCUCUCUGCGAUAAGUCCUAUGACGUCAAUGAUCAUGAGAGCAAGACGAUGCAGUGUGGAAAGUGCAAUUGUUGGGUCCAUGCCAAAUGUGAGAGUUUAACAGACGAGAUGUAUGAGCUUUUGUCCAGCUCGCCUGGAGGCCAGACCUACACCUGUAUCAACUGCACCGAGCGCCGCCCGGCCAAGUGGCGCACCACCCUAGACAGACAGAUCCAGAGCUCAUUGCGCCAAGUUCUCACUGCACUCCUCAACUCCCGCACUUCCACCCACCUGCUUCGUUACAGACAAGCUGUGGCGAAGCCACCCGAGCUGAACCCGGAAACAGAAGAAAGCCUUCCUUCGCGCCGUUCCCCUGAAGGACCCGACCCCCCUGUUCUCACCGAGAUCUCUCUGCCAAGUGACUCGCCUUCUGACCUAGAGUCUGUGGAGAAGAAGAUGAAUUCCAGUCAUUACAAGUCUGUGAUGGAGUUCAGCGAUGACAUUGUGAGAAUCAUCCAGACAGCCAUCAAUUCAGAGGGAGGCCAGCCAGAAAGCAGGAAGGUCAACAGCAUGGUCAAGUCCUUCUUUAUCCGGCAAAUGGAACGGGUUUUUCCUUGGUUCAAGGUAAAGGAGUCCAACUUCUGGGAGAAACACAAAGUUCCCUACAAUAACGCUUUACUUCCAAACGCUGUACUACCUCCUUCUCUGGACCACAACUAUGCCCAGUGGCAGGAGAGGGAUGGAAUGCCCUGUACCGAACACCCUCUCCUCAUGAAGAUCAUUCCCGCUCCUUCUUCUAAAGCCCUCGGAGAGCCUGACCCACCAGUAGUCGCCACACCAACACCACCACCGUCACCACCUCUAGAGCUUAUAAAUGAUCUUGGUCAAGAGGACAGUCCUGAAGCCCCCCCUCCUCCGGACGGUGGUGACAAUAGACAGUGUGUGCUGUGUCUGAACUAUGGAGAUGAGAACACCAAUCUGUGCGGAAGGCUGCUUUACAUCGGCCAGAACGAGUGGGCUCACGUAAACUGCGCCUUGUGGUCAGCGGAGGUAUUCGAGGACGACGACGGCUCUCUCAAAAACGUUCACGCGGCAGUGAGCCGUGGCAAACAGCUGCUCUGUGAGAACUGUCAGAGGCCCGGAGCGACCGUGGGUUGCUGUUUUACCUCCUGCCUGAGCACUUACCACUUCAUGUGCGCCCGUCAGUGUCACUGUGUGUUUCUGGAGGACAAAAAGGUGUAUUGUCAGCGCCAUGGAGAAUUCAUCAAAGGGGAGGUGGUGUCAGAUAAAGGCUUUGAAGUAACACGCAGAAUCCUGGUGGACUUUGAGGGGAUCAGUUUAAAAAGGAAGUUUCUUCAUGGUCUUGAGCCGGAUAAUGUCCACCUGAUGAUAGGUUCCAUGACUAUUGAAUGUCUCGGCAUGCUGACGGAGCUCUCGGACUGUGAGAGAAAGCUCUUCCCAGUUGGAUACCAAUGCUCUAGGGUCUACUGGAGUACUCUGGAUGCUCGCAAGCGCUGUGUGUAUACCUGUAGAAUUUUGGCAUGCCGCUCUCUAGUGGCAGACAGCGUCAGCAACAAGGCAGCACCACAAGAGAACAACUAUACCAUCGCCCACAGUCCACCCACCGUCCCUGAAGCAAUGGACCCAUCACCCCUGCCUGAUACAGUUUCCGUUGACCACAUUGUCCCCGUUAAGCCAAAACCAAGGGUUUACUUCAGGAACAGACACCCCAGUUACCCACCCUGUCAUCGUCCUCUGUCUGUCAGACCUCCCCCCUCUCCAGGGGCCAGUUUAGCCAACGAUAACGUAACUGCCGAUGACCCACACGUGACCACGUCAUCCCUCUUACAUCAGCCAAGUGACGCGACCAACCGAGCGACGUCUCAUGCAUUACCAUCCAUAGAUCCAUUAACAGAUCAGUCUCAGCACCAGGAGACCCCUGUAAGAACGGGACUUCAGCGUAAGCCCAUUUUUGGCGCCAACGAGAGAACGGAUAGCAAAGAUCUCGGAGGCAGGCUCAAAUCUGCUCCGUCUGCAGCUCUGACCGGAGCGAGCCAGGUCUCGCCGCCACUCGGGACUGCGGUUUUGACCGGCCAUCAGAAAUGCACUGGCGGCGUAAGGGCAGAAAAGGCCAAACAGAUCCUGAAAGUCACUGACCUACCAGCUGGAGUCAGUCUUCUGCCUUGUCAGUCGCUACCAACAGUCACUUCAGUAAAGGCAUCCCCAGAACCCAAAGCUAUCGGAAAGACCGGAUCUCCUCAGCGUCCGUAUCACAAAACUAGCAGCAGAAGGUCUCAGGAUAGCGUCUCAGGACCGCCACCUGAAGCAACGCUCAAGUCUCCGUGGUCAUCUGGAGUAAGGAGAGCAGAGGAGGAGAUAAACCCUGCUAUGGUGGCCAGUCAUGAACCUUUCAGCCCCAAAGAAAAGCCGUCCAAAGUUAAAUUAAAGUUGGGCAAGGAUAUCUCAAAAGAAAGGAAAGACGUUCCUCAAAGUAUUAAGACGCAAGUUCUAAACAGCAGCUCUAAAGGUGGUAAUAUCAAAACCCAGGGACAAGAUACAUUAUCCAGAAUUAAUCCCACACUAGUCAGCAGUGACAGAUUAUCAGGGCAUGUAGACGGUCCAAAAUCAGAUCAGUUCAAGUCCAAGGACAGGUUCUCCACCGAGAAAAAGCCCAGUUCUACACUGGAAGCAAUCCAGCCAAUGGCGUGCUCGGAGCGAGGCUCAAGAGCCACACAGGUUCAUUCAAAAUCGAACCAAGAUGCUACACCAGGAGAAAAGCAUCUAACAUCUUCAAAAAUAGAUCCUAAUGGGACUAAAGCAGUAGGCACGUGCUCCGACACGAACACGUCUACUUCCUUAUCCCCGGACAGCCACGGUUCGCACAGGAAGUCUUCCCGUGCGGUGUUGUUUUCUCGUUUCGCCAGCUCCGAGAGCUCGGAGUCCGACGGGCACACUCAUCCGGAGGACUGCGAGGAGUCUCUUCUGGACCACCGCUGCGCCGAAGACGAUGGGGACGGGGACGGAGAGGAUCACCAUUUAGAAGACAAGCACCAUGAAGAGGACAGCGACGGAUCAGCGAAACGAAGAUACCCGAGACGAAGCGCAAGGGCACGCUCGAACAUGUUCUACGGCCUCACUCCGUUCUACGGCGUCCGAUCAUACGGCGAGGAAGAUUUGCCCUUCUACACUAGCGGCGAGAUCCCGUUAAGGAAGCGCUCGGGGAGCAGCAAGCGCUCGGCCGAAGGGCAGGUCGACGGCGCAGACGACAUGAGCACGUCGUCCUCCGCGGACAGCGGAGAGGACGACGACGUCGGGUUCGGCCCACGCAAGGACUCGUAUUAUUACAAUUUCACCAGAACUAUCAUAAACCCCAGGUCUGGUCUUCCCGAUAUCGAGGGGAUCGAUCAGUGCCUGGGCAGAGGAACGCAGCUCCACAGAAUCCUUAGGGAUGAAGGAAAUGAGACGGAUCCUGAGAACGAUGAAAUAUUAGCAGCCACCAAGAGCUUGGAGUGCCAACAGAUCGGUCAGUUAGAUGGAGUCGACGACGAUUCCGAAAGUGACGCCAGCGUGAGCACCAGCAGCACGACCACCGCUACGAGUUCCUCCACGCUUAAAAACUCAACCAAGAAAAGGGGGCGGGAGAGGGCUGAGAAAGUAAGCGCCGAUUUAGGGAAAGAGGCCGAAAACUCUACGGGUAAUGGAAGCACCCAAACUCGGGAUGGGCGCAAAGGUCAAAAGGAUAACUGCUUACAAUUAGGGGGUGUAAAAUCACAAAACCAGGAUCCCCUCGAAACGCAGCUGUCGCUCAGCGCUGACCUUCUCAAAUCUGACUCGGACAAUAACAACAGCGACGACUGUAACAUCCUGCCGUCUGACAUUAUGGAUUUUGUGCUCAACACCCCGUCAAUACACAGUCUAGGCCAGCAGGCCGAGACCUCCCCGAAUGAACCGUUUUCCCUAGAUGAGGGCUACGGAGUUGAUCGAAGGAAGGACAUCCUGUUUGAAGAUUUUACCCCACCACUAGCAAGCAACGAAUCUGUAGAGACAGGAGUGAACACCCCGAUCACGGUAGAGGAACCUUACGGCCUCCCGUUAGCGCUUCCGUCCGACCUCUCCGUCCUCACGACACGCAGCCCGUCUGUGAACAACCAAAAUCACGGCUCGCUCAUGUCCGAGGGGCCCGAGCGGGACAUGUUGUCCUUGGCCGCGGAGGAAGCAGGAGUCGACAAGACCGAGGACGCUCAGAGAGCAGGGAGCGCCGUGUCCAGCGAUAGCCCACGGGACAGCGCCGGAGAUUCACGGGUGACCGAUGGGGGAAUGACGCCUGAAUGUUUCAUGGCUUCACAUAUCGACGGGGAUCACAUUUCAAGUCCCGGAAUGACUCGAGUCUCGGAAGCCGGGGGUCAAGACCGGGUCAGGAAGUCUGUCACGCCAGGGAUACCAAGUUCACCCAGUUUGGCUCCGAGUCAGAAGUUUAUCCCGACUGCAACGGUCAGUACAGGUCCUGUUCAGAUCACAAGUUCGGCUGUCCAGUCCGCGUCCUCUCAGUUGAAACCCGGUCCGGAAAAAUUGAUAGUACUCAACCAGCAUUUACAGCCUCUGUAUGUACUACAAACUCUCCCUAAUGGCGUAACUCAAAAAAUACAUAUCACACCAUCUGUAAGUCCAGCAGGAGUCAUGAACACCAGUGGAUCCUUAUUAACCAACCUCAACGCUGGGAUUUCCACCCCUCCGACCAUUUUCCCCACCGCCCCUAAGGGUUUGGUCCCGAUGCCGCAUCACCCCCAGCUUCACGCUUUUACCAGCACGGCUCAGACGAGUUUCUCUUCGGUUAUUCCCAGCACUACGUCCGGACUCUUUAUCGGUGUUCCUUCACACGAUCCUCAGAUUAUCGCGUCUGAAGCAGGACGACCCGAGCUGGCUUCUUGUGUUGCUAUGGUGACUAGUGCUUCAAGUAUUUCCUCGAGCCCGGCCGUGCUUCCCACCGGGCACGGAAAGAAACGUCCGAUUUCGCGCAUUCAGCCUCAGAAAGGCAAGAAGCUACUAAGAUCCAAGAGUCAACCUACAUUGGCGCCAUCGGACGUCGGGCCUAACAUGACCUUGAUUAACUUGCCCUCUCCACAAAUCGCAGCUGGAAUCCCUACUCAAACGGGAUUGGUUGAACUCGGCACGUCUCACCGCAAAAUGCCCAACAUUAUCAAGCGAUCAAAAUCCGGAGUGAUGUACAUAGACUCCGCGCUCCUUCCACAACCGAUGCCGAUUUCAACAACCACCCAGCCUGGAAUCCUCGGGCACGAUUCUCACAUCUUGCCAUGCACCGUAUCGGGACUCAACCACAAUCAGUCCGUGUUGAACGUCGUCUCGAUGCCUUCUACGGUGCCCGCAAAUUUAUUGGGAGCAAAUUCCAUAUCCUUAAGUACUCCCGGACUCAUAAGCUCAGAGAUCACGGGACCCAUUAGCAACCUCGUCUUCAAAGCUCCACAUAACCUGGGUCUUUCAGAUCAGCAGAUGAUUCUUCAAUCCACGACUCCCAUGAUGUCACAGAUCGCCGGUUCCGCCCAGACUUCCAUCGCAGGCAGCAUAUGCGUUCUUCCUCCGAAUCAGUUCACCAUGUCAGCCAACCAGCAGGUGGAUAAAGAAGGCGGCCUCCACAUUCAACAGCCCGGAACCAAAGUCGUUUCCGACCCUAAGACCCUAGAUCACGCAAAUUCAUCUGGUCACCUGGCUCUCGCGCCCGGCCCUAUCGUACCGGACCUGAACAAGUUUCCGUUUCAGAGCUCGCGGACUUCGCGGCUCUCAGCGGCCGCGAGCCAGAAGCAAGCUAAGUCAGCCGCCGGUGCGACCUCCAAGGCCGUCGGGAAGGGAAAGCAAAAAGCGAAGAGGACUCUAUCGAGUGUGGUUAAUACCGGUGCGAAGAAACUUAAAGCCAGGCGGUCAGACGCUGGAACAGAGGCACGGGGGGAUCCAGGCUCUGCAAAUCAACCCUCAUUGCAAGCGACUCAAGAACAUACCACUCAAGAGCAAAUGGACACAGGAAAGCCCAAUGACCGAGGUCCAAAAAAGAGUGAUUCAGCCACAACAUGUGAAUCCGUUCCUCCCAAGCAGAAGCCCAGCGAAUUCCAUGAGCAAAAUCCAAAGACUGCAGAGCUCUCUGGUCAGAACAGUAGGGCAUCCGAUACGCUUCUGGUGGACACUCCUGAUCCGAAAGACGACGGACAGAAUUCCUUAUUAGACUACAAACCAAAAAAAGGACUACUGUUUGAAAUCUGCAGUGACGAUGGCUUCAAGAUCUGCUCUGAAAGUAUCGAAGAGGCUUGGAAAUCUCUGACUGAUAAAGUCCAGGAGGCACGUUCUAAUGCCAAGCUGAAAGAACUGUCUUUUGAUGGCGUGAACGGGCUGCGGAUGCUGGGCGUCGUCCACGACGCUGUUGUUUUUCUCCUGGAGCAGCUGUACGCUACCAGAUACUGCAAAAACUACAGGUUCCGCUUUCACAAACCGGAGGAGGUGGACAAGCCGCCUCUGAACCCACAUGGAUCUGCUCGUGCCGAGGUGUACCACAGUCUCAGAGAAAUGUCAGCUCUUAAGUCCUGGACUCUUUUCUUUUUCUUCAUCGCUGUGGUGGUACACUAUUCAAAUCCUGUUGAGGAUAACAAGAUUUACAGCGUGUGCACGGGCAGCCCAGGUACACCAGGUUCCCCGGGGUUGCAUGGCAGACCAGGACCACCGGGAAGAGAUGGCAGAGACGGGCGAGAUGCACCGCUAGGAGAGAAAGGGGAGAGGGGAGACCGUGGAGAGACAGGUGAACCAGGUGUGAGAGGCCUGACCGGAGAUAGAGGUGAAUCAGGGGAGAAGGGUGACAAUGGACCCCCAGGAGAGUGUGCCGUGGCUCCGAAGUCGGCAUUCAGCGCCAAGCUUUCAGGCUCCCGCACCAUGCCCAUGCCACUGGAAGAUGCCGUGCGCUUCGACAAGAUCGUCCUAAACGAGCAGGGCGAUUACAACCCCGAGACUGGGCGUUUUACAUGCAAGGUGCCGGGCGUUUACUACUUCACCGUACAUGCCACAGUGUACCAAGCCAGCCUGCAUUUCGACCUUAUGAAGAACGGACACUCUAUGGCGUCUUACUUCCAGAUGUUCGGUAACUGGUCCAAGCCAGUCUCGCUGACUGGGGGCACGCUGAUGCACUUGAUUCCUGGUGAUCAGGUGUGGGUGCAGAUGACUUUGAGUGAGUACACGGGGCUUUUCUUCAGCACUAAGACGGACAGCACAUUCGUCGGCUUUCUGAUCUACUCUGAUUGGAAAAACUCUGCUGUUUUUGGUUAGAUCAGACAGAAAUGUAACAACAAUAUUUACACUAAUACACAUUUAUACCAGAUGCUUUUUUAUGCCACUAGACCACAGUUGCACUAACAUACUGUUAUUGUAAACAAGUGUUUAAAAGUCUGUGUACAAUUAUGCGAAUAAAAACUGACACAUUAGCUAACAAGCUAACCAAGUGGUAAAAUGUUCACAUAUUGUAAUGCAUCGUACUGCAAAUCACAGGGAAUUGUCAAUUACUUUUAUUUGUUUAAUAAAGCUUUGACAAUAUAGA